GACCACUGGUUUUACCACUGUCCAAAGGGUAAGACUUCAACGGUCGAAAGCCGAUCGCUUCCACCUUGUUUCAAAUACAGCAGCUCCCCUCAGAUCUCUCCUCCCCACCUACGCCGCCGCAUCCUCCCCAUGGAAGCCCUCCACUCCGCCGUGAACGGCCACGUGGCGGUGCUGCCCUACCCCGGCCGCGGUCACAUCAACCCCAUGCUCCGCCUCGCCCGCCGCCUCGCCGCCCGCGGCUUCCUCGUUACCGUCGUCCUCACCGAGGAGUGGCUCUCCCUCCUCUCCGACUCCCUCCCCCAGCCGCUCCCCGCGGCCGUCCGCCUCCGCACCAUCCCGGACGUGGUCCCCUCGGAGCGGGGCCGCGGGGCGGACUUCGCCUCCUUCAUCCGGUCGGUGCUCGUCCGGAUGGGCGGCCCCGUGGCCGCCCUUCUCGCAGAGCUCGACCCUUCCCCGGACGCCAUCAUCGCCGACUCGAUGCUGCCCUGGGCGCCGCUGAUCGCGCAUCGCAUGGGUGUCCCGGUGGCGGCGUUCUUUCCCCAGGCUGCGAACGUGUUCUUGGCCUUCCAAGAGCUCAAAACCCUCGCCGCCGGUCUGUCGCAGCCAUCGGAGCUCUGCCAAACGGGCACCGACACCACUCGUAAUGGAGACGGGUUUCUCGACCGUUUACCGAAAGCAGCCUCCGGGCACCUCGGCGACUUCAUCACCCAUUCCGCCGGGGAAGGCAUGCUCAAGGCCUUCAUGGACGGCAUCGCUUGGUUCAGCUCCGCUCGGUGCCUCCUCUUCAACUCCUUCGACCAGCUCGAGCGCCGCGCCUUCGACAAGCUGCUGAGGGCCAAUCUCUCGGUCCCCUUCUACCCGGUCGGCCCCUUCGUGCCCGACGCGGCCGACGACGAGGAGGCGGCCACCGCCCCCUGCUGCAAAUGGUUGGACUCCCAACCAAAGAGCUCGGUGUUGUACGUCUCGAUGAGCAGCUUCCUCCCCGUCUCGGGCGAGGAGAUCAAGGAGAUUGCCGUGGGGCUUCAGAUGAGUGGGCAUCACUUCCUAUGGGCCGUGCGAGACGCGACGAACACCGUCCGUGAGCUGAUCGGCGAGAAGGGGAUGGUCGUGCCGUGGUGCGACCAGCCGAGGAUGCUGCGCCAUCCUUCCGUGGGGGGCUUCUUGACGCACUGCGGCUGGAACUCGACGUUGGAAGCCAUUGAUGCAGGCGUGCCCAUGCUGACAUUUCCACUGAUGUGGGAUCAGUACCCGAACAGCAAGCUGGUCGUGGAAGACUGGAAGAUCGGACUGCGGUUGGGGGACGAGGAAAAGGAUGGGGUUGGGAGGGAAGAGGUGGCGAGGGCGGUGCAGAGGUUGAUGGACUUGGACGCGGCGGAGAGCAAGGAGCUGAGGAGAAGGGCGAUGGAGCUCAAGGAGAGGUCUCAUGCGGCACUGAGAGAGAAGGGGUCGUCUACCAUGAACCUGGACGCUUUCGUCGACCACCUGCUAGAGAAAGCAGACUGAAGCUUAUAUUCUUAGAGUUUCUCCUAAUAACGACGACCAUCUGUUUGUACUAAUGGCCCCCUCGGGCUAGUAUUCUGCUCUAUCACCAAAUCAUAUGUUAUCAGAUCCUAGUGAAAAAGCCUUUUGUGCAAA